CGUUGAACCUUGACACGAAAGCGUUGAGAAGAUGGACAGCUGAAGGGCAUUGAAUGGCGCGGAUCCUUGCCCGAGGAGCUGCUAGUGGUUGGCAUUCGACGCUUGGACGACGUCAAUCGUACCGUAGUGGGGUAGUCGCGAGCUGGCUGGUGCCCUGAUGCCCCUCUUGACCUCAAAACACGGUGUACAACCAACGCUUCAAUCCCACCACUUUUACCGGAAACUACACAGAAAAUACACUCAGACACCAUGAGCGUCCAAACUGUCGAGCUUCAGCCUUUUCAAGAUCAGAAGCCUGGAACCUCUGGUCUUCGCAAGAAGGUCAAGGUUUUCCAGAAGGAGCACUACUCCGAGUCCUUCAUCACCAGCAUCCUCAAGUCGAUCCCUGAGGGCGCCCAGGACGCUUUCCUCGUCAUUGGCGGUGAUGGUCGUUACUGGAAUCCUGAAGUCACACAGAAGAUUGCGAAGAUCAGUGCAGCCUACGGCGUCAAGAAGCUGUUGAUCGGUCAGGAUGGUAUCCUUAGCACACCAGCUGCUAGCCAUAUCAUCAGGAUCAGGAAGGCUACCGGUGGUAUUCUCCUCACCGCCAGUCACAACCCCGGCGGCCCCGAUGAGGACUUCGGCAUGAAGUACAACCUGGCCAACGGUGCCCCCGCCCCCGAGAGCGUCACGAACAAGAUCUUCGAAACCUCCAAGACUCUUACCUCCUACAAGAUCGCCGACAUUCCCGACGUCGACCUCAGCAAGAUUGGUACACAGCAGUAUGGUGAUCUCGAAGUUGAGAUCAUCCACUCAACUGCAGACUACCUCGAGAUGCUCAAGGACAUCUUCGACUUUGACCUUAUCAAGUCGUUCCUUAAGGAGCACUCAGACUUCAAGGUUCUCUUCGACGGACUGAGCGGUGUUACGGGCUCUUACGGUGUUGACAUCUUCGAGAAGGAGCUGGGAAUUCCCAACAGCACUCAGAACUGCGUGCCCCUGCCAGACUUUGGUGGACACCACCCCGACCCCAACCUUGUCUACGCCAAGUCGCUCGUUGAUGCUGUCGACAAGAACGGCGUUCACUUUGGUGCUGCCAGUGAUGGCGAUGGUGACCGCAACAUGAUCUACGGCGCGAACUCGUUCGUAUCACCUGGUGACAGCCUGGCUAUCAUUGCUCACCACGCCAAACUCAUCCCAUACUUCAAGAAGCAGGGUACUUACGGUCUUGCACGAAGCAUGCCCACAUCGGGUGCGAUUGAUCUGGUAGCAAAGAAGCAGGGCGUCGAAUGCUACGAGGUACCCACAGGGUGGAAGUUCUUCUGCGGUCUGUUUGACUCGGACAAGAUGAACAUCUGUGGUGAGGAGAGUUUCGGAACCGGCUCCAACCACAUCCGUGAGAAGGAUGGACUGUGGGCUGUUGUCGCAUGGCUCAACAUCAUUGCUGGUGUUGGAAAGCAGACUGGCACCACACCCAGCAUUGCGUCGAUUCAGAAGGAUUUCUGGAAGACAUACGGACGUACUUUCUUCACCCGCUACGACUACGAGGGCUGCGAGACUGAGGGCGCCAACAAGGUCACUGCGCACAUGACAGAAUUGAUCACCACAAAGAAGGACGAGUUCGUCGGCUCUACCAUCGCUGGCCGUAAGGUCAUCGAGGCUGACGACUUCUCAUACACCGACCUGGAUGGCAGUGUCAGCAAGAACCAGGGCAUCUACGUCAAGUUUGACGAUGGCAGCCGCAUUGUCGUCCGUCUGUCCGGUACUGGCAGCAGCGGUGCCACGAUUCGUCUCUACAUCGAGAAGCACACCAGCGACGAGUCCACAUAUGACCAGGAUGCUCAGGAGUACCUGAAGGACAACGUCAAGCUGGCCACUGAUCUCCUCAAGCUGCAUGAGUACAUUGGCCGUACUGAGCCUGAUGUCAAGACUUAAGCAAGUUGCCUCCCGACAUAAUUGCGUACGAUGCUUGACGCGUGUACGAGCCAUGAUACUUUUAAAUUAGCAUAGCGAAAGGCAAUACCACUUAGUUUCAGCAGCCCAUUCGUGGCAGUUUGCUUCAUUGAUUUUCCGUGUAUUGUGCGCAUGAUGGAUUGCGCAUUGUGGCUUAGAGUGCGACGUCAU